UAAUGAAAACAGGAAGAAUGGGACUUGACACAAGAAAUGUUGCUGAAUGAAUCAGAGGGUAGAGAGAAAAAGGGGACGCCUAAUGUAAAUUUCUCGGCGGCUCGAUGGAUGACAUCGAAGCCAGAAACACCCUUUUAGCGGAAAAAUAAUCUUGCUCGAGGCUUUGUAUCCUCGGUUUUGUUCCCGGUUGUUGGUACACAUAUGAUGGAACGGGCGAUGGAGCAACUAAACGUACAGCUGAACAGGCUGACCCGCUCUCUGCGUCGCGCCAGGACUGUCGAGCUCCCGGAAGACAAUGAAACCGCAGUCUACACACUCAUGCCAAUGGUUAUGGCUGACCAGCACAGGUCGGUUUCUGAAUUACUCCUCAACUCCAAGUUUGAUGUGAACUACGCUUUCGGACGAGUCAAGAGAAGUCUACUUCACAUUGCUGCCAACUGUGGAUCAGUGGAGUGCCUGGUCCUACUGCUAAAGAGAGGAGCGAACCCUAACUACCAGGACAUCUCAGGCUGCACCCCUCUGCACCUGGCUGCCAGAAACGGACAGAAAAAGUGUAUGGGAAGACUACUAGAAUACAAUGCAGACGUGAACAUCUGCAACAAUGAGGGACUGACAGCUAUCCACUGGUUGGCUGUGAACGGGCGGACUGAGCUGCUUCAUGACCUGGUGCAGCAUGUGACUAACGUGGAUGUAGAGGAUGCCAUGGGACAGACCGCCCUUCAUGUAGCCUGCCAGAACGGACACAAGACUACGGUGCAGUGCCUGCUGGACAGUGGAGCGGACAUCAACAGACCUAACUGCUCUGGGGCCACACCCCUCUACUUCGCCUGCAGCCACGGUCAAAGGGACACGGCACAGAUCCUUCUCUCUCGAGGGGCUAAGUACCUACCUGACAAGAAUGGAGUCACCCCUCUGGAUCUGUGUGUACAGGGUGGUUAUGGAGAGACGUGUGAGAUCCUCAUCCAGCACCAUGGCAGACUGUUUCAGACACUCAUCCAGAUGACACAGAAUGAUGACAUCAAAGAGAAUAUGCUCAGGCAGGUUCUAGAGCAUGUCUCCCAGCAGAGUGACAGUCACUACCAGAAGAUCCUGACCAGUCUAGCAGAGGUGGCCACUACUAAUGGACACAAACUCCUCAGUCUCUCCAGUAGCUACGAGGCUCAGAUGAAGAGUCUGCUGAGAAUCAUCCGGAUCUUCUGCCAUGUCUUCCGCCUGGGCCCUUCCUCUCCCAACAACGGGAAUGACAUGGGAUACAAUGGGAACAAGACGCAGCGCAGCCAGGUCUUUAAGUCUCUUUCCUUGCCUCCCCCUUUCCUCUCUCUCUCUGAUUUCCUCCAGCCGUUGGAGUUGCUGUGGCACUCUCUAGAUGAGUGGUUGGUGUUGAUCUCUACAGAGCUGGAGAAGAGCCACCAGGACCCCUCCAACUCCUCAGGGAGUGAGAUCGCCUCCCUCCUCCUCAAACAACGUGGCGAGGUCGACUCCGCCUCCACCCCUGCCGUCUUCACGGUGGCACCAUCGCUGCCACCCUCCAUGCCCCUACCCCCUUUGCCGGACCCAGAGGGUGGCAAGAGGACCCCGGAGGUUCUUAUGGAAACGCCAGAGGUAUACGCGGACGGAGAGGAUGUCAUCUCUAUGACGGCCAAUCGGCUCAGCGCGGUGAUCCAGGCCUUCUACAUGUGCUGUUCCUGUCAGAUGCCACAGGGAAUGACAUCUCCUCGCUUCAUAGAGUUUGUCUGCAAGCAUGAUGAGGUGCUCAAAUGUUUCGUAACCAGGAAUCCAAAGAUCAUCUUUAACCAUUUCCACUUCCUGUUGGAAUGUCCGGAGCUCAUGUCCCGCUUCAUGCACAUAAUCAAAGGCCAGCCCUUCAAGGAGCGCUGUGAGUGGUUCUAUGAGCACCUAUUGGCAGGACAGCCAGACUCCGACAUGGUCCAUCGACCUGUCAACGAGAACGACAUCCUGCUAAUCCACAGAGAGUCCAUAUUUAGCAGUAGCUGUGCGAUGGUCUCCAAAUCGACCAAUGAAAAGCUCAAACAGGGCAUCGCCGUACGAUUCCAUGGAGAGGAAGGAAUGGGCCAGGGCGUGGUGAGGGAGUGGUUUGACGUCCUGUCCAAUGAGAUCAUCAAUGCAGACUACGGCCUCUUCACCCAGUCAGCGGACGGCACCACGUUCCAGCCCAACAGUAACUCGUCAGUGAACCCUGAUCAUCUGAACUACUUCCGGUUUGCGGGUCAGAUCCUGGGGUUGGCUCUUUACCACCGUCAGCUGGUCAACAUCUACUUCACCCGCUCCUUCUACAAACACAUACUGGGCAUCCCAGUGAACUACCAGGAUGUGUCGUCCAUCGAUCCAGAGUAUGCCAAGAAUCUGCAGUGGAUCCUGGACAACGACAUCAGCGACCUGGGACUGGAGCUCACCUUCUCUGUGGAAACAGAUGUGUUCGGCGCCAUGGAGGAGGUGCCACUCAAACCUGGUGGGACUAGCAUCAUUGUCACCCAGGACAACAAGGCAGAGUAUGUCCAGUUGGUAACAGAGUUGAGGAUGACUCGAGCCAUCCAACCCCAGAUAAAUGCUUUCCUGCACGGGUUCCACACCUUCAUUCCCCCCUCCCUCAUCCAGCUCUUUGAUGAAUAUGAAUUGGAGCUGUUGCUGUCUGGGAUGCCAGAGAUCGAUGUGCAGGACUGGCACAGGAACACAGAAUACACCAGUGGCUAUGACCUGGAGGAACCUGUCAUCCAGUGGUUCUGGAAGGUGGUAGAAAGCCUUACCCAAGAGGAGAGGGUCCUACUGUUGCAGUUUGUCACUGGCAGUUCCAGGGUACCUCAUGGUGGCUUUGCCUUUCUGAUGGGAGGUAGUGGCUUACAGAAGUUCACUAUUGCCUCUGUAGCAUACACAUCAAACCUACUGCCUACCUCCAGCACCUGCAUCAACAUGAUGAAACUCCCAGAAUACCCCAGCCAGGAGGUCCUGCGGGACAGGCUGCUGGUCGCACUGCAUUGUGGGAGUUACGGGUACACCAUGGCGUGACGCUGGCUGCAGCUGCGUCUCAGCGAGACUCCUCUGGUCCAUGCACAUGAGAGUGUGUGUGCGUGUGUGUGUGUGUGUGCGCAUUGGCAUGGACACAUCAGUGCAAGGAAUCCAUCCAACACUUCCUAAUCCAAACAUAUUUCACCUAUCUAUGUGGCAUAUUUCACCUAUCUAUGUGGCAGUUUGUUUUAGCUGGGUAGAUUCUAUUCUACAGCCAGAGCUAGCUAUGAUUUGUAUAAGAUAAACAAGCUCCCUGUCAUUUCAACCUAAUUGAAGGCAAAGGAAAUGCGAGACCCCUGAUUUCACUCUGAACUGCCAAAAACAUGUUACCACGGUCACAACAACAACUUAUCCACUAGACUGGCUGCACAGCAUCCCUCCCACGGUGUGAAGCCAGUCAACUGCCUUCCUUUUAGUCUCUCUCCUUUGGCAUUCUUCUCCUGUAACAUGGUAAUAUGGAAUGAUCUGGUUGGUGUGUAUUUCAAAUUGAAGGGGGAGUCUAUAAUGAUAUUACUGUAAGAGGCUGUGGCCAGGUGGUUUUACAUGUGUUUACCAGGGAGGUAGUCGUAAAAAGGUGGCAAAGAUUCUAGCCUGCAAGUAACAUAAACACGAAUGCAGAAAAUGGCUCAUUUGUCCUGGGAAUAGGUGCAUAAACGAUUCCCAAAAUGAAUAGAAGUGUUAACGGUGCUUACAGGCGUUUACCCCCCGCUACAGUACAUCUCUGAUCUUCACAGCUGCCUAACCACAACUCCCUCACCCUAUAAGGUGCAUGUCUCAUGGCUCUACUUUGUGAGGUUCUUCAGUUUAGUGUCAUUCUGUUGUGUUAUUCUGUCAUCUGCAGCUGUAUCUCUGUGUCCUUGUAGUGAUCAUCAGGGCCCAGUUUUUCAAAAGUUAUAUAUCCGGAUUUCGCCUAUUGGAUAGGAUUAAAUGCAUAGAAAUAGAACGAAUAGAACAGACGAAUCAUCGACUUCUAGUCAUUCUAUUUCUAUGUAUUUAAUCCUAUCAGGUUAGAAAACUUUUGGAAAACUGGGCCCAGUAGUCAGUCAUCCCUUUCUAUUGUAUCUGACUGGCAGGACUCUCUGGGUGCAUCCCAAAUGGAUCCAUAGUUCCUGUAUAGUGCGCUACUUUUGACCAGAGCGCAGUAUGAAGGGAAUAGGGUACCAUUUGGGAUGCAGCCUCUGCUUACCAUGUUGUAUUUCUCUCAGCUCAGUCGACUUGAAGGUUAGAGGAGCACUACAGUAUAUAGAGCUAAGUGAAAGGUUUGGUUAGCAGUGCCAAAAAGGAGAGCCAGUUUGAUUUGGAUUGCUUUUGUGUUUUUAUCCUACCUGAACAUUAUGGUGGAACAUGUUCUAAAAAAGGGAUAGAAUCAUAUCAUGACUUGACAUAUCAUGACUUGACAUAUCAUGAAUGUAGCUAAGAAAUGUUUUAUUCUUGAUCCUUGAUUUAAAUGACUCUACUUCUUUACAAUGAUGUGGGAAUGUAAAUACGUAUAUUUCAUAUUAUUUAUCACUAUUGUUUUAAAUGUUUGACUUGUUUUGCAAUUGUAAUCAGAUGUUGUAUUGUAUACAGAGCCUUUAUAGAUAUUUCUGCAAAUUACUCAAAAACAAAGUAUGUAUUUUACCAUAAACAUAAUACAUUGUUUAAACUUUGA